AUGGCUUGUGAAGUAUGCGAUCACUGCCACGAAUCUCUACAUCGUAACGAAGAUAUUGUGGUUUGGGAAGGAUACAGCUUCCACAACAGAUGCCACAAAUGUUUCGUCUGCAGCGAAACUGAUCUGCUGAACGCGGAAAUCUUCAAGGGCGCUAUAUUCUGCGGCAAAUGUUCGAAGAGAAUUUUCAAUGAUUGCGCAUCAGCCAAACAAAUUAGAAAACCUAAAAUUAGAACCAAAUAUAGGAGGACGCGGAGAACGAAACGAAGCACGGAUAAGAAGGGAUCUAAUUAUAGUGGACCGGGUUAUAAAGAAAUUGACAGCAAGACGCAAGCCAUUCACGAUCCUAUAGUGGUGACAUACAAAAAAGGAGAAAAGAAUAAUCGACCCAUAAGAAAAAUUUGCAUCGACACGGGUAUAACGACAGUGGUAACUCAGGAGCUGUUAGACCACUUCAACAAUGUACAGUCUUCGAAAGAACGGAACGAUAUGUCCUGUCAGAAGAUUUAUUCAAACGAUUCGAACGACAGCAACAGAACCGUAUGCAGCGAUAUGAGAAUAGCUGAACUAGGAGCGUCCACGGAAAUAGCUAAUAUGGCGUUGAAGAAAUCCGAGCUACCGGCCGCAAAGAAAUCGGAUGUCGCUAGAUUAGAGAGUAGUGUCAAUUACUGCCAGAGGUCUUCGUCAUCCAAACUAGAUUCUGGUGAUUCCGAUUAUCUUUGCGACGAUUGCCGAUUUAGAAGAAUUUAUUUAGAAGAUUCGAAUAGCAGGUACUGGACCCAAAGACGCAUCUCAAGCAUCGUGAAGAUGCCCUUUAAAAGCUUCAAACAGAACAUUUUAGAUCGCAGCUCAUUGGUAAAUAUGGCGUUGGACAUGGAGUCUAGCGAAUCGAAUUUCAUUGAGAAAAUGAAAAUAUUAUUUUAUGAAGACAUCAGCGAACACUACCGUAGUGGCGUUGAAAAAUUAUAUUCCAUUAUUGGUCGAAAUCAGAAGCCUCGUAAAUUGGGAUGGUUAAACACAAGAGUGACGUCAAAGGAGGCUGGCUGCAGACACAUAUGCAAUUCCCAUAGUUACCGCUUCAUGAGGUCUCAAGUGAUGAGAAUGGCCGGUCCCACUGACAGCAGGCUGGCAACAUUCAGAGCUACGGUCAAGAAGAUAGCGGUGCCAUCUAUUGUCAGGAACAUUAUAACAUUGGACAGAAAAGAACCCGCCGCCAUCUUGCCGACGCGCGAUUGCGGAAAUGACACGGAAAAGAUUUGAGAAAUAAAAUAAACAUAA